AUGAAGCGGGCUUCGUUACGGCAAUGGCGGGGUUUGCAGAGAAGCCUGACUCGCCGCCUGUCGUCACAGAACGUGGCUAUCCAAUCGUUUUCGCGCCAGAAACAUCCCGCCACCCUCCUGCUACAAACGGUGAUGUGGGGAGGGCUGGCUCUGGGAACGUCAGCUGUGGCGUGGACCGUGUGGCACGAAAAGUCGGAGGUGUUUGUGCCUCUUCACGUGGGCAAGUCGGUGCGCACGCCCAACGAAAAGCUCGACGGUAUUGAUCUGUCGCAGAUCAAACAUCGCAUUGUGGAGCGGGCUCUAGAGAAGCUCGCAGUGGAGCAGGAGGUUGGGCUGGCUAUGGGUGUGCCUGUGCAGAUGAAACAUGUCAUCAAUAUGGACUCUCGCAUUGUCACCAAUGGCCCGACUCUCAAUGGCGUGUGCAUCAGCAAGACCUUCCCAUACGUGCAUUGGGCGUGUCGAGGCAUCAAUCUGGACAAGCCCAAACCGGACGUUAUUUUCCAGGAGGAAACGGCCAAACCCAAGGAGGAAAAAGACGAGCCGCUGUUUCCAGAGCCUCCCAAACAUCUGAGUGCCCAAAUGGAGCUGGAAAUCGAGGGUCCCAAGGUCGCCCACGCCACAAUCACCUUCACGGCGCAGUACGAUCUGCAGGAAGGGGACUACAAGGACCCGUUGAUGACCCCCACGUACUCGUCGUACCUGGCGGCCAAACCGUGUGUCUCAUUGAGCAAUGGAGUUUUACGGUACGAAGAUCGUCACGGCCACGAGCAGAUUUUAAGAGUGUGGUAA